GUGUGUGUGUGUGUGUGUGUGUGUGUGUGUGUGUGUGUGUGUUCAGUCUGUCUAAUAGACUGACCCCCCAGCGCGCCGUUUAAAGGGAAGACAAGAGAGCUGAGUCAACAAAUCGCAGCGAGCAGGAUGCAACAGUUGAUGUGCGCGAGCUGCGCACUUUWCUCGUCUUUAGGGACCGUGCGCACGCGGGGAGGAUGGUGGUUCUGAACCAGUCCGACUUUCUGCUGCUUCUUUGAGUCCAUCUGGGAGAUUUAAACCUAAAAYCAAAGCAGAGGCUGGCUGAGAGUCUUACAAAACUCGUGCGUCUCCCGCACCUCUCCAAAAAGAAUAAAAMCCCUAAAAUGGACAUUUGGACCGAAACGCGUCUGCGAGGACUUCAUGCUCGGCGGGAAUGGAGCUGCUGAGUGGACCUGGGACGGCUGCGAGGCGGUGAGAGGGUAGUAGCUGUGCGGGGAGGGAGUGCGCCCAAACAUGCAGCGGGUUCUGCAGAGGAGGAGAGUGCGCAAACUGCGGGUCGUCUGGGCCGCUCUGUCUCUGGCCGCGUGCAGCGCGCUCUUCACGGCGUGGACCUGGAGACAGACGCGGGACCUGUCCCAGUCCUUCCAGGUCCUGCAGGACAGACUCGAGCAGGUCAACACUCAGAGGAAGGCCAUCGUUCAGCUCAUCCUGGAGAAGCGGGAGCUGCUGCUGGAGCGAGUGAAGAGAGACGGGGGAACGGCACGAGGGAGAAAUGGAAAUGGAAGGAAGGCGGCGUCUCAUUUUGAAAUACCCAAACGGGAGGGGGUCUCCCCUCAGCAAGUGGGAGAAGGUGGUGUGAUAAAAGGCUGGGAGGAGAAGACGUUGAAUAUGAGUAAAGCAGUGAAGUACAACAAGGAGCAAGGUACCUUCACUGUGGAGAGAACAGGAGUCUACUUCCUGUUCUGCCAG